AGACAUGACAGUUGAAAUCCUGAAAAAUCUGAAGAGAUUAAGUCUUCAGUUUACCACAUAUUAACCACGUUUUUAUUAAAUAAAAAUAAUAUUUAAUAAAUAAAUUUUUUAGAAAAAAAUAAUAAGGUGCACACCACACCAACCAGCUCGGACGGAUGGCGGCGGCGGCGCGCAUGUGGUGGUCAGGUGAGCCUUUGUGUGACUCCUCCCUCUCCCACAAAAGUGGGUACCUCUUGGGGCACACCCGAAGGCUCAAGUCCACACUCUAUAUACCCUUACAAGAGAGUAUUCUAAGUAUUCUAAACCAAUACUCUGUUUUUUAAUAAUUCAUACUCAUAUAUAUUAUAAGUUCCAACACUACCAAAUUACAAACCACUCCAUUAUCAUAACCGAAACAAACAUGCCUUCACUUAACUCCGACGAAGAGUCCCGGCCACUGAAACCAAUCCCAGGAAGCUAUGGCCUUCCCUUCUUCGGUGCUCUAAAAGACCGCCAUGACUACUUCUAUCACCAAGGCCAGGACAACUUCUUCCUCAGCCGGAUCAAGCAAUACGGCUCAACAGUCUUCCGGACCAACAUGCCGCCUGGUCCAUUUAUCUCCUCGGACCCCAGAGUUGUCGCCGUCCUUGACGCCAUCAGCUUCUCUGUCCUCCUCGACAACUCAAAAGUCGAGAAACGUAACGUCCUUGACGGGACGUUCAUGCCCUCCACCUCCUUUACCGGCGGCCACCGCAUGUGCGCCUAUCUCGAUCCUUCAGAGCCCAAACAUGCUGCCAUUAAGGGCUUCAUCCUCUCUGUUCUCGCCUCCAAACACGACACUUUCAUCCCUCUCUUCAGAGCCUGCUUGUCCGAGCUUUUCACUAACAUUGAAGACAACAUAAAGGACAACAAGACUGCCAACUUCAAUUCCUUAAGCGACGACAUGUCGUUUAACUUCGUCUUUCGUCUCUUUUGCGAAGGGAAGCCGACGGAACGUGGGCUUGGGCCCAAAGCAAACACUGAUUUCGACAAGUGGCUCUUCUUUCAACUCCACCCACUGAUAUCGCUCGGGCUUUCCAAGUUCCUUAACUUGUUCGAAGAUUUGCUUUUGCACAUGUUUCAUUUACCGUCGUUUCUCGUUCAAUCCGGAUACGACAAGCUUUACAACGCGUUUUACUCGUCCGCGGGUGGGAUCCUGGACGAAGCGGAGCGUCGGUUUGGGAUCAAAAGGGACGAAGCUUGUCACAACUUGGUUUUUGUAGCUGGUUUUAACGCUUACGGUGGAAUGAAAGCUUGGUUCCCGUCUUUGAUCAAGUGGGUCGCAUCAGGAGGAGAGAAUUUACACCGGCAGCUGGCUGAUGAGAUAAGGACAGUUGUUAAGGAAGAAGGCGGGGUAAACAUGGCGGCUUUGAACAAGAUGAGUUUGACCAAGUCUGUGAUCUACGAGGCAUUGAGAAUUGAACCUCCAGUUCCGUUCCAAUACGGUAAGGCCAAGGAGGAUAUGGUGGUCAACAGCCAUGACGUGGCAUUUCAGAUCAAGAAAGGAGAGAUGAUCUUUGGAUAUCAGCCGUUGGCCACAAAAGAUCCUAGGGUUUUCAACAACCCGGAGGAGUUUGUGAGUGAUAGAUUUGUUGGAGAAGAGGGAGAGAAGUUAUUGCGCUACGUUUAUUGGUCAAAUGGGCGAGAGACUGAGGAUCCAACCGUCGAUAACAAGCAGUGUCCUGGCAAAGAUCUUGUUGUGUUGCUGUCUAGGGUACUUUUGGUGGAACUCUUCCUACGAUACGAUACGUUUUCGAUUGAGGCUGCGAAGUUGUUGCUCGGUACAUCGGCGAAGUUCUUGUCGUUGACUAAGGCUGGAACGACAGUUUGACCGGGAUCUUUUCUUGUGUCGUUUCUUUUGAGUCCCUUUCUUUAACUUGGUUCUUUCAUAACCUCGACCAAGUGCAUUUCUUUUUUAUUGCUAUGGUAUAUGGUUAGCUAUGUGAGCUUAUUGUGUGUCAGGUAUCCUAUAUGUUAAUUAAUUCCAAUCAAUAAAUAAAUAAUGUUGCUUACUUCA